UGCUAAAAGAAAAAGUAAAAAAAAAAAAAAAAUAGCAGAAGUUGAACAAGAAAAAUUCAGACAAAACAAAUAUUCAGGUAUCCCUUCAACUUGUACGAGGAUUCACAGUGUGACACGGGGAAAUGCCUCCAAAAUCUGCCCUCAAUUGGGAUCGGGGGAGCGCCAAUAGAUCCACAGCUCGCAAACCCACUCCUGGUGCCUCUCGCGAACCAAAUUCCACAACACCCUACAAUUCUCGGCCUCCCACCACCUCCGCAGCCGCCGUCACUCCGACGCCGCCCACCAACAGUCCUAGCUCCGUAGAAAGAGCUAAAGCCCGAACAACUAAUUCGGCAGCUACUAGAAAUGACUCGCAAAAUCCUUUACAUGAAACCUUUGUUUCUCAGCCUCAACAAUUAAAUUCAGAAAAAACCCUAAUUAGGUGUGCUGGAUUGAUGGAAUCUGAUGUAGACGGUAAAAAAGACAGUAUCAAUGCUGACGCAGGAAAAUCUAUUGAAGCUGUUGGGCUUGAAAAACCCAGUCAUGCAGAAGCUGAAACCACGGUGGAGUGUCGAGAUGGUUUUCCAUCUGAUUCAGUUGUACCUGGUGCUUUGGUAUUGAACUCCCCCAUGCAGGAAAAUUUUUCGGUUGAGUCCAAAGCUAGGUCCGAUAAUGGGGUGACUGGAGGUACGGCAGGUCCUGGAAAUGGGAAGAUGAAGAUAGUGAAGAAGACAGUGAGGGUUGUGAAGAAAAUUAUUAAGAGGAGGGUUCCCAAGAGGGUUUUGAUUGAGAGUUCAGAAAACCAGGGAUCAGUGAAGAAAGAGGAGAAUGUCUUGAAUUUGAGUGAGGUAACGGAAAAGUCAAAUAUGAAGAAUUAUAAUCUUGUGAAUGACAUGAUGGAAAAUGAAGCAAUAGACCAAUCUAAUCUUGUUAAUGAGGUGAAGGAAAAAUCAAACUCUACUAAUGCAGUUACAGAAAAAUUUAACAUUGAAACAGGUACACGUGUUACAGUACCUAUGGAGGUUGGAAAGGGUAAUGAUCUAAGUGGCAUUGAUUCUACGGAAACUGACCAGUUGAAGAUAAAUGAUGUCAUUGUAGCCAAACUAGACAGAAGAGACUCGAAUGCAACCAUUUCUGAUCUGAUGGAAGCCAAAAAUGUUGGUUCUGCUGCUGAAGUUACCCUGGAAAGUGAAACAACAAAGGGGGUGGAGGGUACUGUAGCUAAGGAAUUAUCAAAAGAUUUACUCUUGGAAAUUCAAAAUGCGGGUACAAAUGAAAAGGAGAAUGUGGAGUUGGUUGAGGAUCAAAAUAUGGAUCCAGUGCGUGAACUUGGAAGUAUGACUUUCGAGGUGGAACAAUAUGCAAGUCUAGUGGGAGAAACUGGAAGUGGGAAUGGCAAUGGUGAAGAGGGAGGAAAGGAAAUGUUGGAGGAUAAUAGGGCUGGGUUGAAUGAGGGAUUUUUGUUGAGUGGCGAAUUGGAAGCAUUGGAGCGGAAAAAGAGGCGCCAAACAGAAAUUUUUGUUGGUGGGUUGGACAAGGAAACAAAGGAGGAUGAUAUCAAGAAAGUGUUUGAAGAGGCAGGGGAAAUUGUGGAAGUGAGGCUGACAAUGAACAAGAAGACGGGAAAGAAUAAAGGGUUUGCCUUUGUGCAGUUUGCUACAGCAGCUGAUGCUAAGAACGCAUUGACCAACUACUCCAAAGUUGAGAUAUGUGGGAAGCAGUGUGGAGCAGCCCCUGUUGAGGGCAAUGACACAAUAUUUCUUGGUAAUAUAAACAAAACAUGGAAGAUUGAUGAUAUUGUGAAACUGCUAGAGAAAUCUGGCAUUGAGAAAAUAGAUGGCGUUACCAUUAAGGCUGAUCCUAAUAACAUGAAGAACAAUCGUGGAUUUGCCUUCGUUGAGUUUGAAAGGCCUAAAGAUGCUCAAAUUGCUUUUCAUAAACUCCAAAAGAACGAUAUUUUUGGAAAAGACCUGAAGAUAAAAGUUGAAUGGGCACAACCAUUAAACGAGCCUGCUGAAGAAGAAAUUUUAAAGGUGAAAACUGUUUAUGCUGAAUAUCUACCUUCCUUGUGGGAUGAAGAGAAUGUGAAAGAAUACUUCAAAAGAUUUGGUAAAAUUGAGAAUGUUGUCCUUGCAAAAGAUCUACCUGCUUCAAGGAGAAAAGAUUUUGCAUUUAUCAACUAUUCAAGCCGUGAAGCUGCUCUUACAUGCAUUGAGACAGUCAAUAGAGAUAAGGAGAAGGAUGAUAGCACCAAGGUUAAAAUGAGGGUGUCUCUAGCAAAUCCUAUCAUGAGGGGGAGGCAAAUGAAACAUGUUUCCAACCCCAUUGUCAAGAAAAUUUCCAAGGAGAAACCAAAGGCAUUGAAACCAACUGUAAAGCUGCACGAACCUAGAAACAAGGGGCAAAUGGCCAGCAGUGGUCAUGGUGGUCCUAAGAUUAAUGGAAGCUCUUCUACCACUGACGAACUUAUGCAUAUCUUGAGGCAACAAGCAUCGAGUAAGCUGAUCUCUUCUAGUCCAGGCAUAGGCACCACUUUUCCGGAACAUCAUUUUCCUGCUGCUGGGAGCAGGCAGCCAUAUUUUCUUGUGGGUUUUUGUGCUUGCUCUCCAAUCUCGUCCUGCGUCACUUCUUCCCUUUUUAUACAUGGACAUGAUCCCCUUUAUUCAGAGUCUAGAGGGUUGCCUCGAGCAUGCACUGAAAGCUAUUAUCCAAUUUCGGGCCCAAGUUCUUUGUCCCAUGGUGCUGGAUCAGUUGGGAUGGCAUCUUUUCCCUACCAUCAUCAACAAAUGCCUGAUUAUGCAUCUGCAUCAAUCCAUCGGAGGGAAAAUUAUCCUAGUCCUUUGGAGAAUUUUUUUUUUUGCAGACAAGGGAACAAGAUCUUUACUAUGGGAACAAUGGCAUACAUCGUAGAUAUUGAUGAAAGCAUUUAGAGGACGAGUGUUGCUGACAAGGUGUUGCCUGGUUGACCCCGAAUUCGACUAGAUUUUCUUGUAAAUUUCUGCAGAAAUGCCCAAAAAUUGACAGUUUAUUACAUGUUCUUGUAAAUGUCUGUCCUCAAGUACCCUGAUGUUUGUUAUACAUUUCUAGUCCUUAUAAGAGGGUUUUGAUGUCUGUUUAUACUCUUUCAAGCUGUUAAAAUUGUUAAUAUUUUGAUGGUAAUGGCUGAUAAGUUAUUGGAUUUUGACAUA